AUGGAAAAAUCCAAAAAUUUCCGCAUCGACGCGCUGCUGGCCGUGGACCCCCCGCGAGCGGCCUCGGCGCAGAGCGCGCCGCUGGCCCUGGUCACGUCUCUCGCGGCCGCCGCAGCUGGCCCCGGGGGCGGCGGCGGCGGCGGGGCGAGCGGCGGGGCGAGCGGCGGCUGCAGCCCCGCGUCCUCGGAGCCGCCCGCGGCGCCCGCCGACCGCCUGCGCGCCGAGAGCCCGUCGCCGCCGCGCCUGCUGGCCGCGCACUGCGCGCUGCUGCCCAAACCGGGCUUCCUGGGCGCCGGCGGCGCGGGCGGCGGGGCGGGCGGAGGCGGAGGCGGGCCCGGGGGGCCCCACCACCACGCGCACCCCGGCGCCGCAGCCGCCGCCGCCGCCGCCGCCGCCGCUGCCGCCGCCGCCGCCGCGGGGGGUCUGGCGCUGGGGCUGCACCCGGGGGGCGCGCAGGGCGGCGCGGGCCUCCCGGCGCAGGCGGCGCUCUACGGCCACCCGGUCUACGGCUACUCGGCGGCGGCGGCGGCGGCCGCGCUGGCCGGGCAGCACCCGGCGCUCUCCUACUCGUACCCGCAGGUGCAGGGCGCGCACCCCGCGCACCCCGCCGACCCCAUCAAGCUGGGCGCCGGCACCUUUCAGUUGGACCAGUGGCUGCGGGCGUCCACCGCGGGCAUGAUCCUGCCCAAGAUGCCGGACUUUAACUCCCAGGCGCAGUCCAACCUCCUGGGGAAGUGCCGCCGGCCGCGCACCGCCUUCACCAGCCAGCAGCUGCUCGAGCUGGAGCACCAGUUCAAGCUCAACAAGUACCUGUCGCGGCCCAAGCGCUUCGAGGUGGCCACCUCCCUGAUGCUCACCGAGACCCAGGUGAAGAUCUGGUUCCAGAACCGGCGGAUGAAGUGGAAGCGCAACAAAAAGGCCAAAGAGCAGGCGGCGCAGGAGGCCGAGAAGCAGAAGGGCGGCGCGGGCGCAGGCAAAGGCGGCGGCGCCGAGGACCAGGGGGACGGGGUGCUGCUGGGGCCGCUGGCGCCUGGGGACAAGGGCAGCGGACGCCGCCUGCGGGACUUGAGGGACAGUGACCCCGAGGAGGACGAGGACGACGACGACGAGGACCAUUUCCCCUACAGCAACGGCGCUAGCACGCACGCCGCCUCGUCCGACUGCUCCUCCGGGGCCGACUCGCCUGCCCCGCGGUCCGGCGGGCCGGGCCAGCAGCCCCCGCCCCAGUAG